AUGGAUCCCAUCCACCAGACUGACAGCGACGCCGGGGAGGAUGACAGCAGCGUUGAAUUGGAGAUUCCAGGGUCUAAGAGGAAGCGCAGAGGAAAUCUUCCCAAAGAAUCUGUGAAAAUCCUGCGUGAUUGGCUCUAUGAGCAUCGCCACAAUGCCUAUCCCUCCGAGGCAGAGAAGAGCGUGCUGUCUGGGCAGACUCACCUCACCGUACUGCAGAUUUGCAAUUGGUUCAUUAACGCUCGCCGAAGAAUUCUACCCGACAUGCUCCGCAAAGAUGGGAAGGAUCCCAAUCAAUACACAAUCUCUCGUAAGGGAAGCAAAACUCCAGAGUCGUCUACAUGCAUUCAGCACACCACUCUAGAGGUCCCAGCGAUGCCAUCUAUAGAGUUCCCUCAUAUUACGUCAAUUGAUCACACUACAUUGCCAAGCAUGUUGGUGGUCCCGCCCAUGGCCGGGGGUCUAGUGCCUCUGAUUUACCCUUUCAGACAUCCCAUCCAUGCUCUUGCCACAGUCGGCCAUGACCUCAUCAUGCAAAAAGUUGCCCCCACUAUGAAAGCUGAAGAAGGCGGCUCCUCAGCAGAGCUGCCCAACAAACGUAGUUUCCUUUCCAGAGAUGAACUCGGACAAACCCCGCCACCCGCCUCUCCUUCGUGCUUCGUCGAAGGUGCUAAAAUUAGCCGACUGCAGAUCUUGGCUCACGUGGCUACGCAGUGCAUUGCCGAAAUGGAGGCCGAGGAGGCUAGACGCGAAGCCGCCCGCUGUGCCCUUAAUGCUCUCCAAAAUUCCUUCGGGCAGAACCAGUCCCAGCGUUCCUAA